AUGCCAGAGCCAUAUCUUUACCAAUACCAUAUCUCGGAUAAUGCUAUUCAGACGCAGUGCCUGGCCAGCGGCUCGCCCGAGGAAGAUGGCAAUUUUUACAAGUCUGUCAAAUGGUCGCCCGAUGGGACAUCGCUGGCCGCGCAUACCGAGGAUAACGCAUUACACAUAUACAACGUCUGCGAUAUAGUGGAUAGCAUUGCGCAGGGCAGCGUUUCGGCAGAUACAGAGUGCCGACAGAUAUCGCCAGCCGCUGCAAUCCCACAUGCCGAACGCUUCAUUGAUUUCUCGUGGUACCCGUACAUGCACCACGCCACACCGUCUACCUGCUGCCUUGUGGAAUCAACACGCGACCACCCACUGCACUUGCGCGACACCAACUACGGGUCUGUACGCGCACACUACGCGGCCUACGACUCGAAGGAGGUUCUAAUGACCGCCAACUGCACACUAUUCUCGCCUGACGGUAGCCGCAUAUACGCCGGAUAUCAAAGGAGCAUCGGAGUGUUUGAUACUCAACGCGCCGGAUUGCCCAUCUCCCUGGAUAGCACCUCGCCAACACGACGCAGCAAAGACGGGGUGCGCGGGAUAAUCUCCUGCCUUGCCUUUUCGCCGACGUCGCAACUUCUGUAUGGCCUGUGCCAGCUGAAUAUGCCGGCCAGGGUGUUGCCCAUCUGCAGUGGUCGCCUAACGGCAUGCUUUUUGUGGGCAGCGCCGCGGCAGUCACGACAUAUUGUUGCCUGGGACGUGCGGGAUUUGCGUGGGCCCUACGCGGUCGUUGAACGCCCGGCAACGACACAGCAGAGGAUGGCGUUUGACUUUGACACCAUGGGCAGGUUCCUUGUUGCUGGACAGAUGGAUGGCUCGCUGGCAUUCCAUGACAUAUGUGGGCUGGACAGCGCCGAGGACAGGGGCGUGGCAAGGGUUCCGGCCCAUGACGACUUGGUUGCUGGGGUUGCAUGCCAUCCACACUACGCACUGCUGGCGACGGCUGCGGGCCAGCGCAGGUUUUCCGACUAUGGUGACGACGAGGCUGCGGCGGCGGGGCGCAGCGUGUGCUCGCCCAGCCUCAAACUUUGGUCGCUGGGCGCCCAGUAUUUUGAGCGCGAAAUCCAGGCUUAA